AACAUCGCAACAUAAUGCGUUAGCUUUUAUAAAGGGAUCGGGCAAUCAUUUGUCUCCUAACCAUCAGAAGAAGAAAAAAAAAAAACAUUAAAUCAACUCUUUCAAGUUUCUGACAUAAAAGAGGAUGUUUUCAGGAAAAUUCUCGCAAAAUUAGAAAAGAGCCAGAUCUGUUCUGUCUACGUGUCUACUUUCUGGCAGUUGUUUGCUGGGAUCUGACUCUUGCAAAUUUUCGAUAAAAGACAACUCAUCUAACAGCUCAAGAUCAAAGAACUUCAUGAAACUUACUUCAAGUUGCUGAUAUAAAAACUGGAAAUUCUUAGAAAAACGCUGGAAGAAAGUUUCAACUUUAAUAUGAGUGAGCAAGUAAAUCUACCCGAAAUGACCAAAGACUGGACCAAAGAACAUGUGAAACAGUGGGUAACCAAAGACCUUCAGAUUGAUGAGAAAUAUGGGCAGAUUCUGCUCAAUGAAGAAGUGACAGGAUUAGUCUUGCAAGAAUCAACUGAGAAAGAUCUUAUGGAAAUGGGCCUACCACGUGGUCCAGCACUUCUGAUAAGACGCAGAUAUAAUAGACUGAAUAUUUCCUCUGAAUGUAACAAUCAGGAUUCAGGAAGAUUAGGUCAUACCAAACUCUCCCAAAAAGAACACACCAAAAAGCCACAACAGAGAGCAAAGAAAGAAGAAAAAUCAGUGGCAUCCAAUAGUGCUUGUGAUCCUGGAAUGAUGAUAAGUACUGAAGAAGACAAAUUGAUUCCCAGGGGAAAAAGUGCAGUAAGUGAAGUAGUGUCUGCUGAAGACAGACCGAAGGAAAAGCUAAAACCUGAGCAGUGUACUUGUAUGCCAUAUCCUUUUGAUCAGUUCCAUGACAGCAUACGUUACAUAGAACAUUAUAUUCUACAACCUGAAACCGGACCGCUCAAUCUCAUAGACCCAAUACAUGAGUUCAAAGCCCUCACAGAAACAAAAACAGCCUCAGAUAAGGAUAUUAAGAUGAAAUUUAGCAAUGAAGUUUUCCGGUUUGCGUCAGCUUGCAUGAAUUCACGCACCAAUGGCACCAUUCAUUUUGGAGUCAAGGACAAACCCCAUGGGGAAAUUGUUGGUAUUGAAGCCCCCAGUAAGGAUGCUUUCAUUGACCACUUCAAUUUAAUGAUCAACAAGUAUUUUGAAGAAAGUGAAAUCAAAGAAGCCAAGAAGUGCAUUCGUCAGCCAAGGUUUGUGGAAGUCCUACUGCAGAACAAUACACCAUCUGACAGAUUUGUCAUUGAAGUAGAUGUUAUUCCAAAACACUCUGUAUGUAAAGAGAAGUAUUUUUACAUUAAGAUGCAAACUCUUAUAAAUGAAACAUGGAAACAAAGCCAAGAUACUUCACUGUAUGUGAGAGAAGGGGCUAGUUCUAAAGACAUAUUGGCAGAUGACAAGAAACGAGAUGGCAAUUUCAAAAAAUUUCAUAAAAAUUUAAAGUUACUCGUAGCAUUAAGAAAAGAAGCUGAAGAAGAAUAUAAGAUGAAAGCAAAUAAGAGUGAAUGUGAAGGAAAAAAGCUGAUUAAACUCCUCAUAGGAAACCGAGAUUCACUAGAUAAUUCUUACUACAAUUCGUACAUUCUUGUAACAAAUAAAUGCCAUCCAAACCAAACAAAAAACUUAGAUUUUCUAACGGAAGUUAAAUGGUUUGCUGUGUUGGAUUUUGAUCCUGAAUCUGUGAGUAGAGGCAUAGCCAAAGCUUAUGGAAAAAGCCGAGUAGCAAACCUUCACUUUCCAAAUCAGUAUGAAGAAAAAACUACCACGAGAGAGAAAAUUUUUAGUAUGAAUCUUUAUGACCAGCCCAGUUGGAUCUUCUGCAAUGGUAGAUCAGACUUGAAAGAUGAGACAUAUAAGCCUCUAGAACCACAUUUAUGGCAGAGAGAAAGAGCAUCUGAAGUCAGGAAUCUGAUUUUAUUUCUCACAGAUGAAAAUAUAAUCACAAGAAGGAAACUUUUGGUAGUGUUUCUAUUACUCUCUUCAGUAGAAAGUCCAGGAGAUCCACUCAUUGAAACUUUCUGUGCUUUCUACCAAAACCUCAAAGGAAUGGAAAAUAUAUUGUGUAUCUGUGUAAGCGCACAGAUUUAUCAACGAUGGAAAGAUCUACUACAGACAAGAUUAACAAUGUCAGAUGAAUUAACAAACCACAGUAUUUCCACUUUAAAUUUAGAAUUAAUAAAUAGCACAAUCCUUAAACUGAAACCAGUGACUCAGUCAUCAAGAAGAUUUUUGCCCUCCCGUGGAUCUUCUUCAGUUAUCCUAGAGAAAAAGGAAGAGGAUAUUUUGACUGCACUGGAAAUCCUCUGUGAAAAUGAAUGUAGGGACACAAACUUAGAGAAGGAUGAACCUAAAUUCCAAGAAUUUAAGAAAUUAAAAGAAGAACACUUUUAUCGAGGUGGCAAAGUAUGCUGGUGGAACUUCUAUUUUUCUUCUGAAAACUAUUCUUCACCUUUUGUUAAAAGGGAUAGAUAUGAAGACCUUAACUCUCUUAUACAGCAUUGGGAAAAGUCUCCUCAACCAACAUUUGCAAAAAUUAUCAAUCUUUAUCAUCAUCCAGGCUGUGGGGGUACUACACUGGCUAUGAACGUUUUAUGGGAUCUCAAGAAAAAAUUCAGGUGUGCUGUGUUAAAAAACAAAGGAAUUGACUUUGAGGAAAUUGGAGAACAAGUAAGCAAGUUGAUUACCUAUAAGGCAAGCAGCCAUCAGGACUACAUUCCUGUACUUCUCCUUGUGGAUGAUUUUGAAGAACAGGAAAAUGUUUACAUUCUACAGAAUGCCAUCCAUUCUACUUUAGCAGAGGAUUUGAGAUAUGAAAAGACACUGGUAAUUAUCUUAAACUGCAUGAGAUCCCAGAAUCCCGAUGAAAGUGCAAAAUUAGCAGACAGCAUAGCACUAACGUACCAACUUUCUCCCAAGGAACAAAGAGCUUUUGGAGCCAAACUAGAGGAAAUUGAAAAUCAAUACCAGAACUUUGAGAACUUUUAUUCUUUCAUGAUCAUGAAACGCAAUUUUGAUGAAACAUAUAUAGAAAAUGUAGUGGGGAAUAUCUUGAAAGGACAGGAUUUUGACAGCAAGCAAGCACAACUUGUUUCUUUCCUGGCUCUACUCAACUCUUAUGUUACUGAUUCCACAAUUUCAGUUUCACAGUGUGAAAAAUUUUUGGGAAUCUCCCAAAUUAAGACACCCUGGAAGCCUGAAAGCCUGGAAGAGAAGAUGGGGACAUAUUCUACUCUGCUAAUAAGCACAGAAGCUGCAGAAUAUGGGAGAUACACAGCUGUGCGCAUCAUUCAUCCUCUCAUUGCUAUUUGCUGCCUAAAAGAACUGGAAAAAAGCUACCAGUUGGAUAAGAGUACAAUUGCACUGAAUAUGUUACGUGAGAAUUUAUUCUAUGAUUGUGGAAUAGGAAAAGACAAAUUUCAACAUGAUGUGCAAACUCUUCUGCUUACAAGACAACGCAGGGAGUGCGGAAAUGAAACAGACACUUUGUUUUCCCCUUUAAUUGAAGCUUUAGAUAAUGAAGAAGUUGAAAAAGUCUUGACUGAGGGAAGUAAACGAUUCCCACAAAAUGAAUUUAUUUGUCAAGCCUUAGCAAGACAUUUCUACAUUAAAGAAAAGAACUUUAACGUUGCUCUGGAUUGGGCAAAAAAGUCCAUAGGGAGAGCACCUAAAAAUUCCUAUAUCACAGAUACACUUGGUCAAGUCUACAAAAGUGAAAUCAAAUGGUGGUUGGAUAAAAACAAAAACUGUACGCAUAUUACCACUACUGAUCUAACACACCUCCUAGAAGUUGCUGAAAAGGCCUCAAAAGCUUUCAAAACAUCCCAAGAGCAAACGGAUAAGAAAGUCUCUGAAACAGAGACCUGGUCAUCACAGAAGUCCCAGAGAAAAUAUGACACAUAUAAUACAGCUGGGUUCUUGGGUGAAAUAGAAGUUGGUCUUUACACUAUUCAGAUUCUUCAGCUUACUCCCUAUUUCAACAAAGAAAACGAAUUAUCUAAUAAAAUGUUGUCAGAAUUUUUAUCAGGAAAGUCAAAUAUUUCUUCAAAUGGAAAAUGUGAAUAUUACUUGACUUUCAGCAAGUUCACAACCUACUUACAAAAUUUACAAUCAGAUUUGAAAAGGUGUUUUGACUUUUUUACUGACUAUAUGGUUUUUUUGAAAACGAGGAAUGCCCAAAAGGAGACAGCAGAAAUAUUAUUAAGCAAGAAAAUCAGCCGUUGUUUCAAGAAAUACCGAGAACUUUUCUGCCAUUUGAAUGUGGGUCCAUUACUAAGCAGAGAGAGUCAGUUACUCGAAGAGGAGAAUUGUAGGAGAAGGCUAGAGGCUUUGAAAGCAGAUAGGUUUUCUGGACUCCUGGAGUAUCUUAAUCCAAAUCACAAAGAUGCUGCAGCCACCAUGGAAAAUAUAGUGAAUGAAUACAGCUUCUUCUUGCAACAAAACCCAAAGAAACAGCUCACAAGAGAGAAGCAAAAUUUCAUUUUGGCCAAUAUUAUUCUCAAUUGUCUAAAACCCAACUCCAAGUCCAUUCAACCAUUAAGCACAUUAAAGAAACAGCUCCGAGAAGUGUUACAAUCUGUAGAACUUAAUAGUCAGUACCCAGACCCUUAUUUCUUGGCCUGCCUUCUGUUCUGGCCAGAGAAUCAAGAGCUAGAUCAAGAUUCCAAGCUAAUAGAAAAGUAUGUUUCCUCCUUAAAGAGAUCCUUCAAGAGACAGUACAAGCACAUGUGCAGGUCCAAGCAAGCAAGCACACUUUUCUAUCUGGGGAAAAAAAGGGGUCUCGACAGUCUUGUUCACAAGGCUGAGAUUGAGCAGUACUUCAGUGAGGUAUCAAAUACUAAUUCCUUCUGGCAGAGUGGAGAGGUGUGGAAAGACAAAAAUGUCAAAGACCUUCUGCGUCGUCUGAAUGGUCAGGCUGAAGGCAAGCUGAUCUCUGUAGAAUAUGGAAUAAGGGAAAAAAUUAAAAUACCUGUGAUAUCUGUUUAUUCAGGUCCACUCAGAAGUGGUAGGAACAUACAAAGAGUGUCUUUCUACCUAGGGUUUUCCAUUGAGGGACCUCUAGCAUAUGAUAUCAAAGUAAUUGAAGAAGAUACAUAGCUCAAAUAUGUUUAUUCCUAUCUAUGAUUUUAUUCCCUCUAUUCCCAUGGCAUUUUAAUGACAUUAUUAAGUUUAGCUCCAAUCACAAAUUUUGUUUUUGCUCCCCCAAAAUGAAUUAUGAGACACUUUAGGGGUAUUAUAAUGCUAUGAAAUGUGCCUAUGCUUUCAUGCUAUGAAAUCUGCCUAUGUACAGAGCUUAGGACAUGGGAGAGUCAACUGUUCAAUGUUCUCAAUAUGCAUUUUUCAGAUUAACAUAUUUAAU